AUGUCGGAUCCGUUUACAGUCAUGGUGGCAGUCAACAACACAGAAUCUGCAUAUUGGGCAGCACAUCAAGCAGUGGAUGUCUGUCGCAGAAUGCAGACAGAAUACAGACUUUUGAUUGUCUAUUGUGUCGCACUGAAUCCACAACAGUCGCUCCCUGGCAUUGACCGAUUGGAGAGAGCAUUCAAUGUUGAGAUUGAAGCAUCUGCUGAGAAAGAGAUUGAUGACUGCCGAGUUGCUCUUCAAGAUAAGCUUGGUGACAAGGUAUCGUACGAGUUCUUUGUUGUCGAAGGCGAAGGUGAAACCGGUCCUGUCUUGGAAAAAGCAAGUGCUUCAGCUCAAGUAUUCAACCUUUAUAGCUAA